AUGACCGACAAAGACGGCAAAGCCCAGCCUGACGCCCCUUUCGCGGCAACAACAUCAACACCAGCCUCCGAGUCUCAGUCCCCAUCGCCCGAGACAGAGCAACAGCAGCAGCAGCAGCAGCAGCAGCAGCAGCAGCAGGCUCAACAAGAUGAUGCGCCUAAGGAGGGAGCAUUCCAAUCUCGCGACGCUAUCCUCGAGCAAGCGCGCAAGUUCUUGCAGGAUGCCCAGGUCCAGAACACUCCGCACGAGCGGAAAGUCGAGUUCUUGAAGAGCAAGGGGCUGUCUGAGGGGGAUGUUGAUGCUCUGCUAAAGGAGUUUCGGUCCGCUUCACAAGAGCAGCAGGCUGGGAAGAGUCUGGUCACUACCACCUCCAGCGCUCCCUCCACGACUGCUGCUACGCCUUCCAACUCUGCCUUGACCACCACGACAACAACGCAACAACCAACCCCCAUCCUCCCCCCAACCCUCAAAUCAGACCGCCCCCCGAUCAUCACCUACCCCGAAUUCCUACUCAAACCCAACCGACCCCCGCCCCUCAUGACCGUCAGCCGCUUCAUCAACACGCUCUCCGCCUUCGCCGGCGUCUCGACCUUGGUCUACGGCGCAAGCCGCUUCCUCCUCAAACCAAUGGUCGACCAGCUGACAUCUGCGCGCCACGAUCUCGCCGAAACAGCUAACUCCAACCUCGGAAAGUUCGUCGACAAACUAGAGGGUGCCGUGUCCGAGAUCCCGGUAUAUACUUCGAAACCACGCAGGCCAGGUACGCCGGCUUCGGAACGGGCCCCGACCGAGGCGGAGGCAGGCGCGGACAAGAACGAGGAUAGCGAAGCAACAUCCUGCUUUCACCGCGACGUAGGCAUCCAAACCUCCGCCUCCUUCUACCGCACUACGGGCAUCGCCCCGACCCCGGCAACUCGCACUGUGAACCAGCAAGCUUCCUCCCUCCACAGUCUCAUCACCCAGCUUCAGUCUCUGAAUGAGGACCUGGCCGAGGACGGCGAGUUCAUUGGGGACGUGGAAACAGUCAUGCACGCGCUGAGGGAUGAUAUGGAUAAGUUGGCAGCAGAGUCGACUAGCUUGCCGCCGUAUUACGGGGUCAGCGGGUACUUGUAUGGAGGGGUGAACGGGGGACGGUCGGAGCCCGAGGACGAGAUUAAGAAGGUGAAGGAGAGUAUUCGGCGCGUGAAGGGGGUGCUGUUAAGCGCGAGGACGUUUCCUACUGCGGCGGGGGUGGGAGUUGGGCGAUAG